AUGCGUGCCAGGAACCCGUAUAGCGCGCCGAAGUACCCUUUCAGAGCCCAGGGAAGAGGUUUUAGCACCGCUUCGCAUGCAACGCACAAGGCCAUGAUACCGCAGCAGGCUUUGUCGAUACCAGAGAGGCGAGGGCCGAACGAAGACGAAUUCAGCAGCUGCAGCAGUGGUUUGAGCGACAGCAGUGAAGACGAGAACAACGGCAAGAACGUCCCCAGCAUCCCCAGCAGCAGCGGCAGCAGAAGCAGCAGCAGCAGCAACCGCUCCACCAGCAGACGCACAGAAAGCCCAGAGGAGCGGCAGUUCUCAGUUCCCGCCAGUGUUGCAGCUAGCACAGCACCUUCUGCAGCGCUUUGUGUAGAAGGUGCACAAGGCCCACCUGCUGCUGCGGCCGCUGCUGCCGCUGCUGGCUCUCCCAUUUGGCUACAAGGGAAGCUGAAAGCUGCAACUAGCAGCCGCACCCAUGUUCCCGAUCCCAUUGCUUUAUCCGAGCCUCUGGGUGGUGGAGUUGAGUGUGCAGCUGCAUCAGGAGUAACAGUGGUAGCAACAGAAGGUGCUGCAAAUUAUUCUGCGGGGGGAGCUGCUGUCAAGGCACCUGGAGCAGCAGCUGCAGGUGCUGCAGGGAGUGCUGAAAGCGGUGGCGAACCUGCGGCCAUCUCCGGUGGGCUACCGGGCCCGAGUUAUUUGGGCUCUGCCGAAGCAGCAACUGCCACAAUGCCCCUUCUCAGCAGCAGCUGCAGCAAAGUUCAGCAGAAGCAGCAGCCUCAGUCACCCCUUCCAGAGGAGGAGUUGCCGUCUGAAGCAGCUGCUGUGCCUUCAGACACAGCUGGAACAGAAGUAGGGGCAGCGGGAGAGCCUGCAGGAGUGCUUGCAUCAGAAUCCGAAUCGGCAGCAGAACCUGCUUCGGGCAUAGCAGCAGCAUCAGCAACGGCAGAAGAAAGAGCAGCAGCACCCCCAUCACCAGUAGUAGCAGCAGCAUCCAUGGAGCGUUCUGCUAAUGGUGCGGUGGGAGGUGCUGAGGUGCUUAGCGGCCCGUGCGCGUCUCGCUUAAUGAGUUUAUCGACGGACUCGCUCCAGCCGCGGAGCGGUACGACGCCUCAGCUGGAUAUGCAGCAGCCCAGCAGCAGCAGCAGCAGCAGCAGUCCUUGCCCGUCUCGGCUAUACCGUUGGCACGUAGGCGGCUACGCCGUAUGGACCGCGGGAGGCGGCGCUCGCCUGGGGGUCCCUGGGGGCGUCUCGCGCGUUGGGGGCACCCACUGCGAGAUGAUGCAGGAGCUGCGAAAGCAGGCGGACUUGAAAGCCUCAGUAGACAAGGCUGUACUGCUGUUUAACAAGGAGGGAUUGCAUGCAGCGCUGCAGUUGCUGGGAGAGCGCAAACUCAUUGAGGCGCAAGAUCCCGCUGCUGUUGCACGCUUCCUCUACGACACCCCGGGACUCGAUAAGAAGAAGGUGGGGGAGGUGUUGGGGGACUGCAGUUCAUUUUCCAUUUUGGUGCUUCAAUCUUUUGCUUCUUUGUGCGACUAUCGUGGUUUGUCCAUUGAUGAGGCGUUGCGGCAGUUUCUGUCUCGCUUCCAGCCCCCUGGGGAGGCGCAGCAGGUGUAUCGUCUGCUGUACCGGUUUGCUGGGCUGUAUGUACGAGACAACAAGGAGAGGGGCCUCGACCUCGACACCGUUCACUUCCUCGCCUACGCCAUUCUCAUGCUGCACACUGACCGCCACAACCCCAAAGUCCGCCGCAAAAUGACAAAAGAACAAUUUAGGAAAAUCGUCGCAGCUGGAGGUGCACAACUACCUGAUGGAGUCGUCGACUGUAUGUAUGAUCGCGUCGUCGUCCAUGAAUUCCGACUCAACAUCACAGACACAGACAGAGUAUACAGCCGACUCGUGAAUGAUCCGCGGGCACUGCGGCAUUUGCCGGCCUCUCUUUCCCGCCCCUCCGAGAUGUGUCAGUCUCCCACUCUUCAGCAGCAAGUGCAGCAGCAGCGGAGCAGUAGCUGCUGCAGGGUCGGCGUGGCAGGAGUGGGUGCUGCUGGCGCUGCCGGGGUGGGCGUUGACCCUUUGGUCGGGGGUGUCGGGCAUAGCAGCAGCAGCAGCAGCAGCAGCGGGGGCCCUGCUGGAAUGGUGUCUUUGACUGCCCAUCCGCAUUCUGCUUCUGAAGGGUCUGCGUGUUUGUGUGUGGGGGAAGAGGGCAGUGGGGCGGAGGCGGUGGAGUGUAUCGACACCUCUUUGUUCAUAGAAGGUUCAGUCUUUGUGAAGCUGUGCCGUAACGGUCGGAUGAAGCGACGAUUGAUUCGGGUGUCUCCCGAUUACCUGCUGCUGCUGUGGGGCCCCCCCAACAGUAGCGGGGAGGACAGCACGAAACAGGCGCCGAGUUCGCUGCCGCUAGAGGAGCUCGUGGAUAUCACAGUAGGGUGCCUGUACAGCACAGCAAAAAAGUUUGAGCUGACCGAUGAAAUGGAAGCACGCUGCGUGAGUUUGCAGUUUGUCUCGCGUCGCCUGGAUUUGUUUGCUGCCGAUUUAUCGAACUCGACGUUCACGCGCUGGAUCGGCUUUUUCCAUCAGAAGGUGGCGCAACAGCAGCAGCAGCGGCAGCAGCGCUUGCUGCUGCAGCAACAGGAGAUGAGCCACCAAAAGCGGCAGCUGCUGCUGCAGGAGAGCCGCAUGAGACGCGAGGAGGCAGCAGCGCGCAAUUUCGCCCUCUGGAGAGAUGAAGUACUGCCGCACUGGGAGUCUAGUUGGUCUUGUGAGGCGGUGCCUGUUGCUGUUCCUGUUCGUCCUUCUCCUUUAGCUGUCUUUGUCGCUUUCGCGGCUUCCAGCGCCUCCGCCUUGGUGCGGCUCCCGCGGUCGGUGGUGCUGAAACACCUCAAUCGCAGCCACAAAGGCAGCACAAGCACCAGCAGCAGCAGCCGAUUCAGCCGCAAGACUCUCUCCGCCUCUUCGUGGACUCACAGUAACAUUGUCUCCCUCCGCCGCAUACGCAGAGGCGCCCAGCGAGGAGGUGCGAUGGCAGCAACCUUGGGGAGGGCAGCCUCGAGACAGGUUAAGAAACUCGCUGCUCUCCCGGCUGCCUUCGGCGCUUGCUGCAGCCCCUCCUUGGCAGUCUACAGCCGUCACAGAGGCCGUCCAGUUGGUGGAGCAGCAGGUUGUGGUACUGCUGGCGGCGUCGCCGUGUCUAUGGAUGAAGAAGGCGUUGGGAGCUGCAGCAGCGAACUGCACAGCGGGAAGGGGGCAGGGGUGUUCCGUAGAGACGGUUGCAGCAGCUCCUUCAGGUCGGCAACAGGUGGGUGGGGGGGGCCGCAGCAGCAGCAACAGCAGGACAGCAGCUUGUCUGCGUUGGUGCAGAGGACAAAUCUGGUUGGGAGUGCUGUGGCGACAGAGGCCAACGCGUACAUACAUUUGAGCCACUUGGGAACCACCUGGGUAGGUCGCUACAGCCUAGACAGAGGGCGGCGUACAGACACUGCAACGCAGCCUGCUUUCGUGCGACUGUGGUUGGGUGGGCUGCCGGGUGAACUAAGAGGAAAGCUCUGGCUAAUUGCUCUCGGAAACGAACAAAACGUCGGAGUUCCUCUCAGGGAGGCCCUGAUGCAGCUCAGAAGGCUGCAAAACAACCCACAAUAUGCAGCUUCCUCACCCCCAACAAGUAGCAGCCAUUCAACUGUUCACGCUCCUCAUACACCGCAAACCGCUGCACACAACGCCUUUCGAGCGGAUGCUGCUGCUACAGCAGCCAUCCCUGCAUCUGCAACUGUAUUGCCACCAGCCCAAGCAGCAGUAGCGGACCCUGCAGCAGCACCAGCAGCUCAUGCAGCAGACCCGUGGAGCCCUUUUGGGGCUGCGAAUGGAGGCGCCUCUUUCAGCCGAAGCAGCAGCACUUUAGAGGGCCUGCGGCGGGUGACAAUGCGCGGCAUCCCCUACCUAAUGAACCGGAAAAUCGGCGAAGGACCCUUGCUGCUCACCACCUCCCUUGAUGAACUCAGAGACGAGGUCGCCUCUGCUGCCGCUGCUGCUGCAGGACCUGCCGCGUCUCCCUUGCACAGACCCGCAGAUGUCUGCAACGGCCAGGGAACUGCUCCUGUUAUCCAAGGGCAGCCUUUGGCUCUGUCGUCUCCUCUGGGGCCCACAGCAGCGGUUGCAACAGCAACAGCACCAGGACCAGGAGGAACCAGCAGCAAAACCCUCAGCACGUUCGUCCCGAUGCCCAAACCGCGAAAACAACAGCAACAGCAGCAGCAGCAGUGGGCGGAAAGAGAAGGUGGGGACCCGGCUGCUGUUAUUUCAGUUGGGUCUCCCAUAGCAGAAGGCAAGGGCCUGCAAGGGAGCAGCGGAGAGGACGGAGAGGCGGGUUGCUGUUGCUCUUCUGUCUGUGCAACAGAUGCAGCGGCACAUGGCCGCCCCACUGGCAACAGCAGCCGCCAAAACCCAGCCAGUGCUCUGGAUGCUCCUCACAGCAGCUCUGCUGCUGCUGGAAGGGACGGCCCUGUGCUGCUGCAGCGUAGCAGCAGCAGCAGAACUGACUUCUCUCCAGGGCCUCUAUGUUCCUCCUCGGCAGCUCCGGCUACGGGGGAAGAGGGUUUAGGGGGGGCUCCCUGGGGACCCCCGGUACAGCAGCCGUUCAAGGAAGGGGGAGGAGGGGGUUGGGAAGAAGGGGAACUGACUAUAGCAGAGGGCGUCCGAGCGCUGCUGGAGGCCUAUGUGUUGUACAGGCCUGAUGUGGGUUAUGUGCGGGGCAUGGAUUGUCUAGCUUCGAUGUUGUUGUGCUUUCUUCCUCUGGAUUUGGCGUUUGUGGCUCUGACGAAUUUGCUGCCUGCUUUCCAUUUGCUGGAUUUCUUCUGUCCUGCUCUCCCCUGCAACCGGCGUUCUAUAGCGCUAAAGUUCGACUUCUUCGAGUCAAUGCUGCGCCUCCGCCUUCCCCACCUGUACAGACACCUCGCGGGGCUUCAGGUCAUCCCUGACCUCUACCUCAUCCGGUGGAUGGAAACUCUAUUCUGCCGCGCUCUUCCUUUCGCCACUCUCUGUCGCACCUGGGAUGGACUUCUUCUCAUGGGAGAGGCAUAUUGUUUCCAAGUGGCCUUAGGUCUUCUGAAGUACCACGAGUCAGAGCUGCUCUGCAAUUCUUUUGAAGGCUGUUUGUCUAUUUUAAAUCGGCAUGCGCAUCCUACAGCAGAUGAGGAUGGGGCCUUCGAUUCCUCCCGAUUCUUCAAAACAGUUAAACAAUUGUUAUUUCCAGUGCUUAAACAUUUGCACUUCGCUUUUUACGGUCGUUUGCAUGCUUUUGUCCGCUUGCCGCUGGUCGUUGGUGUCUCUGUUUCCUUGGCCUAUCAACAGUACGGACGUUGGGUUGCAAACCAACGAAUGAGCGAAGAGAAAGCAGAACUGUUGGAACUGGUGGCCUGCAGCACCGUUUGA